AUGGAAUUACCAAAACUCGAAUUAUUCUCUGAAGACAAGGUCUUACUUUCAAACAUUGCCACCAAUUAUGAUGGUCUUAUUGUUAUCUUUACCGAAAAAGAAGCCUUGUCCCAAUUUACUGGUCUUCAAGCAUACUCUGAGCUUGACGCUACCUUUGGUGAGUCGAUCCAACUCAUCCUUCCUCACGACCAAACACCCCACAAACGUAUCUUAAUUGCUCCCACUGGUUCUCUUUUCAAUGACUUUGAUGAUGUUCGUCGUUUCAAGGACGCUGCUUACAAUGCUGGUGUCCACGCCCUUAAAGUAGGUAUGAGAAAUCCUCUUGUUUGUUUUGCCGAUGAACCUACUUUGGGUACUACCAGUGAAUGGACUUUUGAGGAACAAAACGAUUACAAGCACUAUUUAGAAGUGACCAUGCUUGGUUUGCUGGAAGCCAAUUUCGAGCCUAUUGAUGUGCGUCAGCACAAGGGUGAUAAAAUUAAGACAAUGGAACGCAUUGGAUUCAUCUCUUCUUCCAACUUGUGUGAAGAAAAACUCAUCCAACGUGUCUCUGCUAUUGAAGCUGGUCGUCGUAUGGCCAAGGACAUUGGUAAUCCUGAUCCUGAAAUCAUGUCUCCUAUCAACAUUGCCAAAUACAUUCAAGAACAAUUCAAGGGUGUUGAGAACAUUAAGGUAUCCGUGAUUGAAGAUGUGAAUGAAAUCAAGAAAAACUACCCCUUGGCUCAUGCUGUCACUCGUGCCUCUUUGGCUGUGGAACGCCAUCAUCCUCGAUUCAUUCAUUUUGAAUACACUUCUCCUGAUCAAUCCAAGGUGAAGGAAAACCUUUACUUUGUUGGUAAAGGUGUUACUUAUGAUACUGGUGGAGCUGAUAUCAAGUGCAGUGGCCAUAUGAGAGACAUGUCUCGUGAUAAGUGUGGUGCUGCUGCUGUCGCCGGUUUCUUCAAGACUAUUUCCAUGUUGGCCCCCGAAAAGGUCAAUGUUACUGGUGGUCUUGCCCUUGUCCGCAAUUCUGUGGGUCCUGAUAUGUAUGUGUCUGAUGAAGUGAUUGUAGCUCGUAGUGGUGUUCGUGUGUUGGUGGGCAAUACAGAUGCUGAAGGUCGUAUGGUCAUGACAGAUUUGUUAUGUCAAUUCAAAGAAAAGGCUUUGGCUCACAAGCAAAGCAAUUCUCCUUCUGCUAAUGCACCUUCUCUCUUAUUCACCUGUGCUACCUUGACAGGUCAUGCUAUUCGUGCUUAUGCAGGUUAUGGUAUCACAUUAGAUAACGGAUUCGCACGAAAGAACAGAGUGAGUAGACGUGUUCAUGAUGCUGGUCAUGUUUUGGCAGACCCUUUUGAAAUUUCCACUUUACGUCGUGAAGAUGUUGAAUGUGUGAAGCCUGGUCGUUCAAGUGAAGAUUUGAUUUCUGCUAACGACCAACCUUCCACCAUGACUAACCGUGGUCAUCAAUAUCCCGCCGGUUUCAUGUUACAAGCUUCUGGUCUAGACAAGUAUGGUUUAGAUAACAAGGAAAUCUCAUUAGGUUAUACUCACUUGGAUGUUGCUGGUUCUGCUGAAACUCUCAGUGGUGUCGGUUGGAGUUUGCCCCGUGUUACUGGUUCUCCUGUUGCUGCUCUUGCAGGUGCUUUUCUUAUUUAA